AUGGUUUGUUCGCCUGGUUCCCAAAGAUCUGUAAGCCGAAGUACAGCUCGCACUCAUAGCGCAAGCCGAAGUCGAUCUAGGAGUGGCAGUAUUCGGAGGAGUUAUACACAUUCGAAUCGUAGUCGAUCAGCAACCAGAUCAUUUUCCAGACGCAGUUCCCGUUCACGCCGGAGUACUAGGUCAAAAAGUCAUUCCAAUUAUUCUCGUUCACAUUCUGGCAGUCGACGUUCCAGAUCAUGGUCUAGAUCCCGUUCACGCUCUCAUGGUCGGUCAGCUUACUCGUCACGUUCACGUUCACGUUCUGCUAGUCGUUCCAGAUCAAGAUCUUAUCGUAGUCGGAGAAAGUCGUUUUUUAGAAGUAGAACAAGAAGUUGUUCGUAUCACUCAAUUCGUUCACGAUCACACAGCCCUAAUUCAAGAACCGCUUCACCAAGCGCCAAAUGUGUCAAAGAUCCGAGGGAUCGUUCUAAGCGUGCACAUUGGACAAAUAAUGUUUGGUUAGUUGGUGAAAAAGCAAAGGAUACAGUUUUUCAUUUCUGUGAUAUUUGUGAUUUACCAAUUGUAAUCUAUGGACGUUUGCUUCCUUGUAAGCAUGUAUUGUGUUAUACAUGUGCUAUGAAUCUUAUGAAGAAAUGUAAUAGAUGUCAAAAGUCUAUACAAACUGUGGAACGAUGUUUAGUUGGAGGAAUAUUCAUGUGCUUUGAAAGUGAUGGUUGCCGGCGUACUUAUCUCAGUCAUCGUGAUCUUCAAGCUCAUAUUGACCAUCGACAUCGUACUGGGUCAACUGCAAUUACUUCGGUCGCUAAUAAUAGCAGUAGUAAUAAUGUCAGUAAUACGAUAAUAACUAAAAACGAUAUUGUCACACAUUCAGAAAUAAUUACACCUUUGCCAAACCAAGUCAAUUUUACGGAAGAGGCGUCUCGACUUUCCGGCGUUGUAAAAACAACAAAUGCUAAUCAAGUGACUACACCUUUAUCCGUAGAUAAGACAACGACUGGUGCGCCUCCUCCAAUGUCUUUGUUAGGUCCAUCACCAAGGUUAGUUAUGAAUACGAUGAUUCCACCAACUUGUGGAACAACUCAACCAAAUAUUUAUAUUAAUAAUCAGAAAAGCAGUGGUCUUUUACCAUUACCGCCUGCACAGACUUCAUCCCCAGCAAUUUUUUCAAGUCGACUUCCUAUGGGAAUACCUCGACCUCUUAGACUAAACAACCUAAAUAGUAGUUGUAGUACUACUACUAACAAUAAUAAUAACAGUAAUAACACUGUUACUAAUAAUUUUCCUCAACUUCAACAGUUCACGAACUGUCCUCCGCCUACACUUCCACCUCCACCAUCUAUCGGGGCACCAAAUAUUCGUGCACCACCACCAGGACCACUACAGCAAGCACCACCACCGUCUGCAUUUCUUGCUAAUUCACUUUCUAUUCCGUCAUCGUCGUCUACACAGCAUAAUCAGAACUUUGGUAGUGCUUCAGCUGUUGCUGCCUUAGCUGCUGUCGUCUCAGCGGCGAUGUCAGCAGCAGCAGCUGUCCAGUCGAAAUCUGCUGGAAUGACAGUAGUUGGUGGUACAAGUAAUCUAUCUGGAGCAACGAUUCAACAAUCUUUGACUAGUAAUCAAAUGCAGCCACCUAAUCCAUUGAAUGCCUCAUCAUUAAUUACAAAUGCACUUCGAGCUACUAACCCUAAUUGGAAUCCAUUGGCUACUGGUGUAUCGAAUGCAUUGAAUAACAGUAACAACAAUAAUAAUAAUAGUACAAAUAAUAAUAAUAAUCAGAAUAACUUUAACUCAAGAUGUUUACCAUUUCAAUAA